UGACAGCACAUUUUCAGUCCCCACUCCUUGUCUGAAAUUUGUUUAUCGGCGGCGCAUUCUAUCAGUUUCAGUUCAUUCAGUUGUCACUUGUCAGUCGGUAUAGCUCGUCUUUCGUCUCUUGUUAAUCUCGCCACAAUUUUACCAGAGCCGGUCGUCAUGCACACUUUCGUAUUCAAGGUUGAUAUGACUUGUUCCAGUUGUGAAACAGCUGUCAAAAAAGUUCUUCAAAAGAACAUAGACAAGGGAAUAGUGGCCUACGAUGUUGAUCUAGAUUCGAAAACGGUGAUCAUUAGAGGAUCGGUUUCUGAAGAAGAAGCCAAAAGCAUCUUAGAAAAGACUGGAAAAAAGGUGGAAAUGAUAAAUGACGUCGAUUUUUCAUAAUGUUUCAAAUUAUACAAUUGCAAACAAAUUAAAUUAAAUUUAAAAAAGAAUUAUAUAUGGCUGUCUUAUUGUAUUCCAUUUUGUAUAAUGUGGUUAUGAAUUGUAAUAUUAUUUUGGGCUUAAAUAAAUAAAUUUAAAUGUAUUUCUAA